UGUGUGUGUGUGUCCCUCGCUACUCCCUCUGGCCUCUUAGUGUUCUUUCCUGUGGAACAACAAUCAAGGGCUUUUAGUGCAGAGGCUCAGUGAAUAAUUCAGGCCUGAUAAUAUUUGCUGCGGUUUGCAGAAACAAAGCCUGUCCAGUGAACAUAAAUGGAUUCCUUCCAUGUGAUCUAACAGGAUGAUGGGUGGAUGAUGCUGAGGAUGAUGAUGAUGAUGAUGAUGAUGAUGCUGAUGAUGAUGGUGAGGAUGAUGGUGAGGAUGAUGAUGUUACUGGUGGAGCACGAGGCCCAGGCAGUGAGAGGAUGGAGUUGGGGCGGGGGGAUGUGGAGGAAGAGAUGCACUUCUUACUCAGUAAUUAGUUUAGGCGCUUUCUAGUAAGACACUCCCAGUUUGGGUGGACCCGUGUGCUUGCUACACCGUGUGUCUAUAAGAGCAGACGGGCAACCCCCCGCAAUCUCUCAUGAGCCGACCCCCCAGAAAACGGAUCCCCAAACCGGCCGGUCCGGGCGGCGGUUUACCAAGGAGCGUCAGCAGCGGCAGCAGCGGCAAGAUGCUGUCUAUGUCGUACAGCGAGAGCAUCCGUAGCGGGAUCAACCGCUACCACUCGGACCAGGGGCUCAACCUGCCGCGGCCCGCCGACCAGGCGGCGCUGCAGCGGCUCCGGGAGCAGCGGGUGGCCGCUCAGAUCAAGAACAUGGAAGACUUCCUGAAGAUGAACGGCCUGGCCCUGGAGGAGUGUGUGUCCUACCAGACAGGCAUGAAGUACAGAAACCUUGGCAAAUCUGGACUGAGGGUAUCCUGUCUGGGCCUAGGAACAUGGGUGACGUUCGGGGGACAGAUAACGGAUGAGACGGCAGAGCAGUUGAUGACUCUGGCCUACGAGAACGGCAUCAAUCUGUUUGACACGGCCGAGGUUUACGCCGCUGGAAAGGCGGAAACCGUGCUGGGCAACAUCAUAAAGAAGAAGGGUUGGAGACGCUCCACUCUGGUGAUCACAACAAAAAUCUACUGGGGCGGAAAAGCCGAGACUGAAAGAGGGUUGUCCCGGAAACACAUCAUAGAAGGUUUAAAAGCCUCGUUGGAAAGACUGCAGUUGGAAUAUGUGGACGUGGUCUUCGCCAACAGACCAGACCCCAACACCCCAAUGGAAGAGACAGUGCGGGCGAUGACCCAUGUGAUCAACCAGGGCAUGGCUAUGUACUGGGGAACAUCUCGCUGGAGCCCCAUGGAGAUCAUGGAAGCGUACUCCGUUGCCCGGCAGUUCAACCAGAUACCCCCGAUCUGUGAGCAAGCCGAGUACCACAUGUUCCAGAGGGAGAAGGUGGAGGUGCAGCUACCUGAGCUCUUCCACAAGAUCGGUGUGGGGGCCAUGACAUGGUCGCCCCUGGCCUGUGGCAUCAUCUCAGGGAAGUACGACAGCGGGGUGCCAGCCUACUCCCGCGCCUCACUCAAGGGUUACCAGUGGUUGAAGGACAAGAUCCUGAGCGAGGAGGGUCGCCGUCAGCAGGCGAAGUUGAAAGAGCUGCAGGCAAUCGCCGAGCGUCUGGGCUGCACUCUGCCCCAGCUCGCCAUCGCGUGGUGCCUACGGAAUGAGGGCGUCAGCUCUGUGCUCCUCGGAGCCUCCACCACAGACCAGCUCAUGGAGAACAUCGGAGCCAUACAGGUCCUCCCCAAGCUGUCAUCUUCCAUCACCCAUGAGGUGGACAGCAUCCUGGGCAACAAGCCCUACAGUAAAAAGGACUACCGCUCCUAACGGCCAGCGGGCCCUCACACCGCCCCGCCCCGCUCACAUGCGCCGGGGGAUGACAACAACCAAGAAACACACACACACACACACACACACACACAGACACACACACACACACACACACACACACACACACACACACACACACACACACACACACACACAAAAACACACAAAAACACACAUCUUUGCCUGAUCCUCUUGUCUGCUUGAGCUUUUACGGAAUGAGGCCCUUGGCGCAUGAGUCUGGUCCAACGUCGGCCACCCCAGGGCCCCUGUUCCGCCCCCGCCCCCGCCCCCCCCUCCCCCUCCCCCCACUCAUAGAUCUGGUGGAGGAUUCGAUGAGACGAACUGGACAGAGAUACAGGGUGGGUGGGUGGGGUUUGUGUGCAUGGAGGCAGGCUCCAGUGGGAAAGGGGAUGGGGAAUUGAGACGCGUUUGGACACAACAGUCAUUAGGGGGAAGUUAGGGACUUGAGCUCAUAGUACAAAUCAGUUACGUGUUCAAGAUAGCUGAACAAAAGCAUUACUAACUGGCAACAGCAACAAAAAAACGAUCUUUAAGUAAAAUGAAAAAAAAAGUUAUAAAAAAAAGCAGAUGCUUGCUUGGCUGUCAGAUACAUUUGUUUUUUAUUUUUGAUGUGUUUUAUGUUUCUUUCCUUUUUUUGAAAAGCUGAAUGCAUUAAAAGCAAGAUUAAGUUUA